GUUGCAGCCCCUGAACAUGCCCCAGUAUUGAGGGAGGAGCGACGCGCAUUAGCUACAUGUUCUUCCUGUGUGCGUUCUUGUCUGUUUGCAAGGGUUACUGCAGAACAUCUACUUUACAGGCCCCAGUCGAAAGUAAUCAAAAUGAUUAUCCCGGUCCGGUGCUUCACCUGUGGGAAAAUCGUUGGUAAUAAAUGGGAGGCAUACCUUGGCCUCCUACAAGCUGAAUACACUGAAGGUGAUGCCCUUGAUGCUCUUGGUCUGAAGAGGUAUUGCUGUCGGAGGAUGCUGCUGGCCCAUGUAGACCUUAUUGAGAAGUUGCUGAAUUAUGCACCCCUGGAGAAAUGAUGGAUACAACAACCACAAGAAUCAUCUGGCUUAUUUAUGGACAAGCCCUGGCUGACAGCCAGGGAGGCAGUGCACCCUGAUGGAUUGACAUCCUCAAGAGACUAUUUUCACACCUGGUUUGAAUUGUACAUUUUUGUUGUUGGCUACAGCCACUUGCCAUGUAAUUUACAUUAUUGUGUAAAUAAACAAGACGGGAGGCCAACCCCUUUAAGCAGCAUGGUCCUCUUGUGAAACAAUCCCUUUUUGCAAUAAAUACACUUGUUCCAAUUCA